AUGAUUAAGACUCCUUAUAAUUCGAGAAUUUCGAAAGUAUAUGAAGAGGAGUACCAUGAUUUAUUUCAAAAAUUAUUCAAGAACAAAAAGAAAGAUAAGACAAAAAUUAUUAAGGCCAUUACUAGUAAAGAACUUGUGUCCCCGAAAAAAUUAAAUAAACGUAAACGACAGACAACUGAUAGGGAAUAUUCGAAAAACGAUUCCUUGCAAUCAGUGGACAUGGAUUUGGAAACAUAUGAUAGUAAUAAUUAUAUGGGCGAAGACGGUGGAAAGAAAUUAGAAAUUUUGGAUUCUCGGGACGACCAAACGUCGGAAUAUCGCACUAUGACCGACACAGAUUUUACUAUGAUUGACACUUCUUAUAAUUCAAGAACUUCAAAAGUCCAUAAAGAAGGGUACCCUGAAUUAAUUCUUAAGUUAUUAAAAAAUAAAAAGAGGGAACAGAAAAAUGUUAUUAAGGCGGUAACUCGUAAAGAAAUAAUGUCACCGGAAAAAUCGAAUAAACGUAAACAAGCGGCAAACGAUAAAGAAUAUUCAAAAAACGAUUCCCUCCAACCAGUGGCCAUGGAUAUGGAAACAAAUGAUAGUAAUAAUUAUAUGGGCGAAGACGGCGGAAAGAAAUUAGAAAUUUUGGAUUCUCGGGACGAUCAAACGUCGGAAUAUCGCACUAUGACCGACACAGGUAUGUAUUUUGGCCAAUAUUGUAAUCAAACAUUUAACCACGUCAACGGUGUACAUAGUCACGAAAAUGUUCUCACUGGAAACACUCCUCUCCAGUGCGACGUUUGUUUUAAAUCGUUUAGUUGUAAAUCUAAAUUACAUAUACAUAAAAGAACGCACACCGGGGAGAAACUAUAUGCGUGCGACGUUUGUGGGAAUUCAUUUUCGAGGAAAGAACAUUUGGUUACACAUACAAGAACGCACACCGGGGAGAAACCAUAUGCGUGCGUCGUUUGUGGGAAUUCAUUUUCGCAUAAGUCAACAUUGGUUACCCAUACAAGAACACACACUGGAGAGAGACCAUAUGCGUGCGAUGUUUGUGGCCGAUCAUUUUGGCAACAACCACAUUUGGUUAGACAUACAAGAACGCACACCGGGGAGAAACUAUAUGCGUGCGACGUUUGUGGGAAUUCAUUUUCGAGGAAAGAACAUUUGGUUACACAUACAAGAAUGCACACCGGGGAGAGGCCAUAUGGUUGCAACAUUUGUGGAAAUUCAUUUUCGCAUAAGUUCACGUUAGUUUUACAUAAAAGAACUCACACUGGAGAGAGGCCAUAUGCGUGCGUCGUUUGUGGGAAUUCAUUUUCGCAUAAGUCAACUUUGGUUACCCAUACAAGAACACACACUGGAGAGAGACCAUAUGCGUGCGAUGUUUGUGGCCGAUCAUUUGCGGACCGAUCAACUUUUGCUGUACACUGUAGAAUACACACAGGUGAAAGACCAUACGAGUGCGGCCAUUGUGAAAGAAAGUUCUCAUCAAGCAGUAAUUGUGCAAGUCAUACACGAAAUGUUCAUUUCAAAUAUUUUUAA